AUGGCGCCCCCUACCGCACCACUCAACCUCGACGUUGAGGCCAUAUCUGGCAUUUGCGGCUCCAUCUCAAUCGCCUGCUGGGUCGUCGUCUUCUCCCCCCAGAUUCUCGAGAACUUCCGCCGCGGCAGCGCAGACGGUCUCUCGCUGCAAUUCAUCAUCGUCUGGCUCGCCGGCGAUGUCUUUAACAUCCUGGGCGCCGUCCUCCAGGGCGUCCUCCCUACCAUGAUCAUCCUCGCCAUCUACUACACCAUUGCCGAUAUGGUCCUCCUGGCCCAGUGCUUCUACUACAGGGGCUUCACCUGGAAGGACGAGGUCGUGCCCCCGGCCCCGAAGCCGCGCAACCGCACCGGCGAACCAAACGAGCGCACCGGCCUCCUCCCCAACCCCAUCGUCGAACGCGAGCGCAGAGGCUCAGACUGGUCCAACCUCUCCCCGGCCGUACCCAUGCGCCCCGAGACCGGCGUCGCCCCGGCCCCUCCCCCGCGACCGUCCACCGCCCUCCAGGCCAUCGCCUGGAACACCACCGCUGUCCUCAUGGUUUGCGCCGCCGGCGUCGUCGGCUGGUUCCUGAGCCGCAAGUACUCCCCCCACGCCGAGGAACCGGGCAACCACCACCAGCCUAACGACGACGACGACAAUACCCUGACCUUCAACACCCUCGGCCAGGUCUUUGGCUGGCUCUGCGCCGUCUUCUACCUCGGUUCCCGCCUGCCCCAGCUCCUCCUCAACUACCGCCGCAAGUCCACCGAGGGCGUGAGCAUGCUCUUCUUCCUCUUCGCGUGCCUCGGCAACCUGACGUACGUGCUGAGCAUUUUUGCCUAUGACCCGCGCUGCAAGCACGAUGAGUGCGCACCGGGCGAGGCGAGCGCUAUUUACGGCCGCUACAUGCUCGUCAACCUGAGCUGGUUGGCGGGCAGUCUGGGGACGUUGUUGCUUGAUAUGGGCAUCUUUGCGCAGUAUUUCAUGUACCGCACCGACGAGUUUGCAAGCGACGACGAAGAGGAGGGUGAUGAUGAGAGCAUUGACGAGGAUCAGUGGGAUCAGCGGCCGUUGCUUGCUCGCGGUGACUCUGUUUACCCGUAA